GCAGCGAACAAGUUUACGCGCAUUGUCAGUCGGUGUGAGACUUUUAACUGUGAUUAUAUGCAGGAAAAAGGAUCGUAGUAGAAGAAACACAAAUUUCAUGAAGGAAAUUACGAAAAAAUAACAUUACGAUAUAUGUAUGUACAAAUAUGUACAUAUGUGUAGAUGUGUAUGUGGAGCAAUUGGUAUAAAAUUUGAUAAAAUAAAGAAUUAAAAAUAAAGAAAACAAACGAUAUCGAAUAUUUAAAUGAAGCACGUAGCUUUAAAUAACUGAAAGUGUUAUUGUGCCGGCAAAUUCUAGAAUACGUAUAUUAUCGAAAGCAGUGCAAACGCAGAGCGGUUGAGGCAGAAGAAGUUGCAGAGCAGCAAUAAUAAACAAAACCCCACAAAUAUGAAUGAACGCGCCGGUGAAACGGUGCCAGAUGUCCUGGUCACCAAUAAUCAAUUGAAUGGCAAUGAUGGUAAUGCUGGCAUUACCACACACCACAAUGGCAUCAAUAGCACCUACACACCUCUUACAAAUGGUUUAAAUCACACUAGUACAGCAGGUAUACCAGUACCCAUGCCAAUUGUGCCCAAUGCAGAGAUCUCCAUUGUUAAUACAGCGCCAAUACCAAUGUCGGGUAAUCAUUUAAAUGGCAUCGGCGGUGUUGGCACCUAUAAGAAUACCAUUGUUAUCGAUGGUCAACCGAAACGUAAGGUUAGCAUUGUAUCGGAUCCGGCGAGUGAGGCGCGUAAUGUUGGCGCCUAUGAUAAUCCAGCUUAUGAACAAAAUCCACAUCGGAAAAUAUCACAGACUUCAACGCAUUCACACACAGAAAUCGGACCUACUCGAAGAAAGAGUAUUUUGGUUAAUUCCAAUUCCACAGCCACUUCUACGGCAUUGUCACCUCCUCCGAUUGGGCACGAUAAUGAAUCCGAUCGAGGAUCACUACAUAGUUAUGGUGACAACACUCGACCCUACAGAUCUACGGCGCUCGACAAUUUGAACGCGAAAAUCUAUCAACACCAACAAGAGGAGUCACUCGAAGGAUAUGGCAAUAAAUUGGAGGAAUCUUGGAUAUAUACAUUUUGUCUCAAAUGUCGUGGUGAAGAGAAUAAACCAUCAUGGGAGCCACCACACUGGCAGAAAAUUUGUCCCUUCCCACUGUGUCCAUCAUUUCGACAAUUCGCACGUCUCUUUGUGCUCAUAUUGAUUGGUAUACUCAUCUGGUUCACCGCUUAUGUAAUUAUCGGCGACUCAGCCGCACCAGGGGGUCAACUCUUCAAUUUGGUUGUACUUACGGUGGCAGCUAAUUUUGGCGGUUGGAUAAUAUCAUUGACGACAUUGCCGCGUCUAAUUGGUAUGCUGGCCGUUGGUUUAUUAUUUCAGAACAUUGGCUUGGUCCAUUUGGAUGGCGAUUUCUCUAUUGUCACAGCACAUUUACGCAAAUUCGCACUCACCAUUAUACUUACUCGAGCUGGACUUGAAAUGGAGCCGGAAGCAUUUCGUAAGGUCUACAAGACCAUAUUAAAACUUGGCAUUAUACCAUGGAUGAUGGAAGCUGUCAUCAUUUUGUUAACCUCACAUUUUUUCUUGGACUUACCAUGGAUUUGGGCAUUCCUCUUGGGUGCGGUUAUUGCCGCCGUCUCACCGGCUGUUGUGGUGCCAUGUCUCUUUCGUUUACGUUCGAAGGGUUAUGGUGUGGCCAAAGGUAUACCCACAUUGAUUAUCGCUGUAUCGGGCAUCGAUGAUGCACUCUCCGUAGCGCUGUUCGGUAUCAUCAGUAGUGUAAUGUUCUCGGAUCGUGGUCUUGGUUAUCAAAUAUCACAAGCACCGAUUUGUAUUAUUGGUGGUUUGGGUUUUGGUGUCAUUUGGGGUUAUAUGGCGCGUUUCUUUCCCGAGAGGAAUGAUGAAUAUGUUGUACCAUUACGUACCAUAAUGCUCUUCGCUGGUGGCUUAGUUGCUAUCUAUGGCAGUGAGCGUUUGGAAUAUGAAGGCGCCGGACCGUUGGCAGUUGUUUUUUCUGCUUUCACAUCGAAUUUGUUUUGGUGUAAACAAGGUUGGGAGGUGGACGAUAAUCCGGUGGGGACAGCAUUUGAAAUUGUUUGGAUGGUAUUCGAGCCGAUAUUAUUCAGUAUUACCGGUGCUGCAAUUAAGAUCAAGGAACUGGACGGCGACAUCGUCUACCUCGGUGUUGCCUGCAUUGUUAUUGGCGCCAUCGGACGCAUCUUCUGUACGGCAGGCAUUGCCUUCGGCGAUCGGCUGAAUACGAAAGAGAAAUUUUUCGUUGCCAUCUCAUGGAUGUCGAAAGCUACAGUGCAAGCAGCUCUGGCACCGGUCGCCUUGCGUAACUUGGACGAAAAUGCAAGUGACGCCGAGAAACGUUAUGCCUAUAUUGUACAGACGUUGUGUAUUUUAAGCAUUAUGUUGACAGCGCCAUUGGGCGCCAUUUUGAUUACGCUGACUGGACCGCGUUUAUUGACACGCACCAAACAGCCGCAAGUGUUGGAGGGCUGGCGGCGCAGUCAUCGGCCAUCCAUUCGGGACAUUAGUAUUAUUGACGAGGAGGAAGAACGCGAAGAUCCCGAGUUACCGGCGGAUAAAACUACUGCGGUUAAUACACAAUCGAAUGCGCAUAUCAACAAUAUUGGCUAUAACCAUUAGCCGUUAUAUUGGCUAUAACCGUUAGCAGUGUUAUUUGUUUUGUUUUUACCAUCUACAGUACCGACUAGUAUGCUGGUUUAUAGUAGUUAAGAGAGAGGACUAUAAAAAUUCCUUGUAUGUACAUAUGUAUGUAUUUUGUUAGUGUCCAGCGAAAUUGUUCAUCAUUUCAUGUUGUGAUUGUUUUGCUGAAUAAACAAAUAAUGCACGAGUGGUUAAAAUAAUGUUAAGAAAGAAAAAACAAAAAAAAAAAAGAAGAAGAAGAAGAAAAGUCAGCCAUUGGUUCCUCUAAAUAUUAUAUUAUCUAUUCUACAGAUACCAGACUUUCCUACCGCCCAAAAAUAUUUUUUGUUUUGUUCUUUUUCUCCUCCUUGUUUAUACAUACAAUAAUGUGAAAAUUUAGUUUUAAAAAAUUAUAUUA